UCAAAAAAAUUUAUCGAACAUAAAUUUUAAGUUUAGCAGUAAUUUGUAAAAUUUGAAAAGAGUUUGAAGAUGUCCUUCAAUUUAAACCAUAAGUACUGGAUUUCUACUUCGAAAGAAAUCAGUCAAUUGAUAAAAAAGCAAAACCGAUUAAAAAAAAUUGACCCACCAGAGGAAAAAUCCGUGUCAUUUAAAAUAUUCUCCGAGCUAUAUAUCCUAUAUGUUGAACUUGUCAAUAAAUUAACUUUUAUUUACUAUAAUACCUUUCAAGUGCAAAAAAGAAAGGUGGUCCGAGCGCUCGUUGAAAAUGCUACUCAGCAACUCAUGUUGCUCAAAGAAGAGCUGAAAGAAAUGGAACUAAGUGAAUAUACUUAUAUGGACAAAGCGCUAAUUGUAAGAAAGUUGACUCCAGUGGAUUUGAUGAUUUGGAGAUCUCCGCAAUUUCUGUAUCGUCGUCCACUAGAUAUUGCAAACAUUUUGGUAGAUAAUAAGCUCUACAUGAAUGAUCAAGAAAAAGAGCAAAGCGAUGCAAAGGAUUGGACUAAAAUAAGCGAUGCAGUGGCGCUUAUACAAGCCCAUGAGCGGGCCCGAAGUGCUCGUGUCUACAAAGCUAAUAUCAAUUAUGAUAAGAAGAAAUUCUUAGAGGUCAAACAAAGGAAAAAGGUUAAUUACAGAUUUACCUUCAAGCCAAAUCAAGCAAUGAGUAUUCCUGUUAAAAGAACUAUAUUCACGGCGGACUUUAUUAAGACUGAUGAGUCUUGUAAAGAAUUACGUGAUAAAAUCGAUCACUUGGGAGGUUGUAUGUCAGAUGAUAAUAUAGAAGAUUUAAAAGAAAUUCGAAAUCGCGCAGCGAGCCUUAUUCAAUCUUGGUGGAGAGCGUAUAAAACAAAAAAAAUUUAUAAAAUCAAAAAACAAUUUAAAAGAGAAUUAUUGGGCAUUCGAAAAAUACGACAACUAAAAAGACCCAACCAGUUUUCUAAUUCUGUUCUUGAUAUGUAUAGAAAUGAGCAGAAGAGAAGAAAACUUGAUGAGGAAUUUGAGCAACUUAUUAUGGAUGAACGAACCCGCUUGCUUCAAUUACGAAGCCCCUGGAUGAUGGAAGAUAUUUCUGAUCAUAUUCGCGGUUGGUUUGCAGAAUUUUAUACAGCAACUGGGAAUUUCCACCCAUAUCCUGAUCCAGUCAAGAACGGAACUGUGUUGGUUGUUAUUGACGAAACUAUGGACGUAGGAGCGUUUCAGGAGAGUCUAACCAAAAAACCCUUGACAAACGAGGAAAAGAAAAAAAUAAAAGAUAAGAAAAAAGCGGAAAAGAGGAAAAUGAAAGAGAAAAUUAAGAACCAAAAAAUAAAGGAUGCGAAGCGAAGGAAGAAAUUAAAAGAUGCCGGAAUAAUUGAUGUCGCCUAUUCAAUAGCAUCAAGCAAGCCAAUAGUUAAUAUUGAAGAGACAAUGAAGCAAUUUUCAAUCGAUUGGCGAAAUGUUGAUGAAUAUCUAAAUAAGAAUCAUGAUCCAAUUAAAGCAUGGGUGACUGAAGAACAAUUAGAUGUAAUACAUCACGAACUGCGAGAAUUGGUAGACGAGUAUAUGCGCGUUGAAUAUGAACUGCUAAAAAGUGCUUUAGCUGCAGAUCAAGAUGAGCCCUAUAAACCUGGGAAGGUGAAAAACAAGAAGAAGAAGAAGGGCAAAAAGAAGAAAAGAGCUAUAGAUCCGACAGGAGAUAGAACUCUCAGUUCAUUGUAUCACGAACUGAAGGACGCAUCUGUAAUUGAAGAAGUUUCUCAUAGAGACUUCAAUGAAUUCAUUGCUGACUUUAAUUUUAUUGCUGAUGAUACUAGAGAUGACGACUAUUUAACAACUGUCGGCCCUGCCAAAGGAGACAUUAAAAUGGUUGUUCAGGAAAGUAUGCUUGGAAUGAGCGAAUUUGAUAUUGCUAAACCCAAGUCAAUUUUGCUCGUUGGACCAGUCAACAGCGGCAAAAAACUGCUCUGCAAUAUAAUUGCAUCUGAGUUGGAUGCUGUUUUUAUAAAUCUCAGUCCGGAAAAGGUUUGCAAUUUCUCUCAAGACAUGGACAUGUUUUUACAUAUUGUCAUGAAAGUAGCGCGGGAAUUUCAGCCAACAAUAUUAUAUAUUGAAGAAGCUCAUCGCGUAUUUCAUAAAAAGAUUCCACCUGAGGAAAAAGAUAUAUUGCCAACACUACUGGCUCCGUAUAUCCAGAAGAAAAUUUUAAAGCCAAUUAAAAAGUCAGAUAAAAUUGUACUUCUCGGUACAACAAGCUUACCUUGGAUGGCCAAACCGCUCCUUAAGAGAAAUUUCCAAAAAAUCUUACUAAUUCCGAAAUGCGACUAUGGUACUUGCUUUUUACUUUGGCUGGAUUUAAUGACCGAAAAUGCUCCAGAAGCUUUAGAGAAUUACGCAUAUUCUGCAUUGGCAAAAAUUAUGAAAGCUUAUAACUCUGGGGAUAUAGCGAACAGCGUAUCUAAUACAUUGAGUGUGUCCCGAAAAAUGCGCCUUAAGGCUGAAGCAUUGAAUCCAAUGGAGUUCCUGGAAUACUUCUUGACAGAAUUUUUUUUUCCACUGUUCCCACCGGAGGAUAAGCUAAUGGAUAAAUUCAACAAAUGGUUUGGUUUUUUUUUUAAAAAAAAAAAAAUGAGAAACGCAGCCAUGGCUGCCAAAUUGGCAAAGCAAUUUUUUUUUUAA